GAACUUUCCCCCCAUCUACCCUAUUCAACACAUUUAGAAUCGAUAUAAAGUUGAUUAUCAAAAUAUUUUUUAAUCAUUGGUUAACAAUAUGAAAAAAUAUAUGUAUUAUCAAAUUCUUCCUUAAAUGAUUUAAAGCAAGAAAUUGGCAACCGAAACCGUGUAACCCAAUGAUACUUCAUGCUAAGCAGCAUUCGUUAGUAAAGCACAUACUCUUUUAAUUUUGAUAGAUAGUAUUCAAUCAUCACUUGAAAUAAAUAAGUUCACAAAAUAACACUGGUUACUAUGACAGAGAUUAAUCAGUUUACACUAUCUUAACAACGUUUAUUAUUUUUUUGCCUGACCCCUGUUGAUAUUUCGUCAGAGUUAAGUUGAUAGUGCCCUACUAUUCGUUAUAAUAAACAUUUUUAGUGUUCCAAAAAUAUUUGUCAUAUGGUGUUUAUAUCGUGUGAAUACACUGGAUCUAUUUAAUACCUAUGUGUUUAUAUACUGAUGAGUAUUUAUUUAAAGUUAUGCCUAGAAUCUGCUCAUGUUAAAUUGUUUGUUUGCUAAUUGAAUGUAGAUUCCAGGCGGUCCAUUUUUUGAGAUUUUUAAUAUGAUCAAUCACAUGUGUACCAUUACAUAAUUGACUUUUACUAGUAUGUUUGAUUUUUUAACAAUGAUUUUAAAUACACUUGAUAAUAUGUCACCGAAACCUUAUGUACUUAAAAUCUAACUUGAUGCUUUUCGAGUAUAUUAUUAAGUAUUUUUGUACUUUGAACAGACGAUAGGUGUUUGCUCCACAAAUUAACUCACUGAAUCGAUUAUUGGUGAUUAAAUAUGUGAAGUUACACUAUCUAUCUCUGAUAUGACUUAAACGGAGCGCUAGGUAUAUCGAAAAGGGAAUAAGUUUUAUCAAAAAUCAUGGUUGGCAAAGUCAGUGUAUAGUAUGACUAUGAAGUCUGAUUUUCGCCAUCUGUAGGCUUUCUGAUUGAUGAAUUGUGUUAACACUGGAAAAUCCAAGCGUUUGAUAAUUCUAGGUGAUAUGCAUUAGUCUCGGUCAUUCUUCGUUUUCUCUCAAAUCUUAAACGUCUUAUUACUUCAUAAUUAUUUUUGUCACCCCGUCUACCGACGUUACUAUUCUGUUUCGAUCGAUUAAUUUUCUUUAUAUAUGCUGUUUUCAAGAUUAAGAACAUGACGUCGCUGUGACUCAUCGGUUAAAGCAUCCGAUUUUCAAAUCAAUCGAUUACAGGUUGGAUCCCCAUUCCAUGUCACUAUGGUUUGAGCAGUCGAAUAGUAUCACACCAACUCCUACAAAAAACAAAUGGCUUGGAGUCAAAUAAACGAAAGCAUAUUUGAGUAAUGGAUUUGACCAUAUGCCACACUGCAGUAGCUAAAAUUAGUAUACGUUAUCGCAAGGUUAGACGCUACUGUAUUGAUCGCAACUUAGUUACACAAAACAACGUGCUAAAAUGGAGGCAUUGAUUCGUGUAAAAUUACAAGAAAUCAUGUAUACAGUUGACUUGGAAGAAGUAACCGUCUUUCAACUUCGUGAACUAUUAGAAGAAGAAUUCAAACAACCAUUACACGAAUUUCGUCAUUUUAUUGAAAAACAAAUUCUUACAAUUUGUGGUCAGAUGGAUAAAGCUAGUGUAAUAUUUGAUCAUGUUCUAUUGGGUACAUCAUUUAAUGCAUCAAAUCGUGAUGAAUUGAAACGUCUCAAUGUAACGCAUAUUUUAAAUGUAACGCGAGAAGUGGAUAACUUCUUUCCCGGUGAUAAAUUUGAAUAUAAAAAUAUCCGAGUAUACGAUGAUGAACAAUCAACAUUGUUACCUUAUUGGGAAGAAACGCAUCGAUUUAUAAAUGAAGCUAAGAUUAUGGGUACACGAUGUCUUGUUCACUGUAAAAUGGGCAUAAGUCGUUCGGCAUCUACAGUCAUUGCAUAUGCUAUGAAAGAGAAUAAUUGGGAUUUAAAAACUGCGUUAUCUUACAUAAAAGAUCGUCGUCCAUGUGUACAACCUAAUCCAGGUUUUAUGAGAGAAUUACAGACUUAUCAGGGUAUAUUAGAAGCAAGCUCUAACCGAUAUAAGCCCAUAUUUCACAAUAAUGAAGUCAAGUCAACUAAAACGGUAUCCCCAGGGUACACAUCAGUUGAUAACCAACAAAAUUAUGGUCUACCAAAUGUUCUAAUUAAUAAUUCAUCUGAAAAUGAACAAGAUAACGAUUUAUCCUUAUCUACCAUGAAGAUAAAUAUGACCAGUGAAAAAUUAGAGCAAAAUCUGUAUAAUAAUACUGUUACGAAUAGUGGUUUAAUCGCAGACGGAUGUUUACCGACCACUCAACUUUCUUCCGCUCUGUCUAAUUUUCCAUCUUUAAAAUCUCCAACAUCGACCGUAAUAAGAAAUCCACUCUCAUCAUUAUCAUCACCGAUAGUAGGAGAACAGUCCUCUUCUUCGUCAACAUGUAAUGAUCAGUUAACAAAUAUCAUUCAUCAAGAUUGUGAUUGUAAUCGUAUAUUAAAUUUAGAAACUGAAUUAUUUGCCUUCAAACAUUCAGCUAUUCCCGAUGUAACAACAAGAUUUACUUCUACUGCUGAUAAUAAUUGUUUUUUGAAUAACAAUAAUAAUACUAGUAAUAAUAAUUCAAAACUGGAUAAACAAAAGCAAAAUUCGCCAUCAUCAUUGCCACAACAACGACAAAAGAACAAUCAUUUAUUGAUGAAUGGAAUAUCACCAUAUGAUAAUGUCAUCAAAUCUUUGUGCACAUCACAAGUGAAUCGACCAGUUGUUCUCUGGGAUUUUAAUGAUACAGAUAAUUAUAAAGUGAAGAGUUCAGGUGUGGUAAAUAAUACAAUUAUAGCGAAAAAUUCUCAUUGUCUUCGCCAGUGGCAUCCAGAUGUAUUUGAAAAUAUUAAUGGCUCAAACCGAUAUUGUAUUUUAAAUAAUACUAAUAAACUUCAAAAAGCUAUAUCACCAUCGCCAUCUUUACGUGUUGCUACCACUUCUCAUCAGUCUUCCUGUACCAUAACAUCCGUCAGUAAUCCACAACAACAGCACAUUCACCAGUUGAAUUAUGCUGAUACUGUACCAUCUAUACCGUGGGAUUAUACAACUGAAUUAAAAAUGAUGCCGUCUACAGAACAUGCUAAACUAUCUAUUAUUCCAUAUCAACCGAUUUGUAUUCCAUUGAUUACACGUCAACUAGUUUUACACGCAUCAAUUAUUGCAAAUGCAGUGUACACAAGAAAGAAACAUAUGGAAAUAGAAACAAUAACAGAUGGGCGCACAAAAUAUUCAGAUAAAAAAUUGUCCAAUGUACUAUGUAUGUUAUCCAGAUUGUCUGAAUCCAAUUUAUUCAUGAGUUCAGUGAGUCAAGAUAAAAAUGAAAAAAUGCUAGCAUCACACGAAUCCACACUUACUUCUACAUUGAAAUGGCAAAAGAAUCAUUUUACAUGUAACAAUUCUAACACUACGACGACUGCUCCUAACAUAUUGACCCCUGGAAAUGAUGUAUCAUAUGCUCCAUUUUUAUCUUAUCCUCAUCAAUCUGAUUUAAUGACACAAUCAACUACUACACCUCAAUAUAUAUUACCAAAUGAUUGCAUUAUUAAAUCCGUAAAUGAUAGUAGUAAUGAUUUAAAAGAAAUUAAUUUUAUCCCUUUGUCAAAUAUAAAAAAGGCAUUGACUGAACCAAAGAAAUCAUCGUAUCCCGAUUUAUUCAUGCUAAAAAUUAAUCAAAAUGUUACAGCAAAUCAUGCUAUUGUCGUAAUACCGGAACGUUCACAUUCUACUCGAUCAUCUCGUACAUCAUCAACACGUCUCCGACCUGAUAAUAGUUGGAUUAUGAAUUAUAAUUCUUUUAUAGAUAAUACUGUUACUUCCGAUUCAUCAGAUUCUAUUAUUACUACUAGUAAUACUACUACUAUAAUAAAUGCAUGUUCACUCUUUACUAGUUCCUCAUCUUUAUCUUCGAAAGUAAAUCGUACUCAUGAUCCACCAUCAGUCGUUAUUUCUCAAAUUUUUAAUCCAUCUGUAAUUUCAUCAAAGUCUGUUCAUAGUUCAUUAUCGUCGAAUAAUAAUGAAAAUAUGAAAAGUGAAUGGGAUCAUUUACAAGAAAAAUGUUCAAAUUCACAUAAUCGGUUGCUUAUCGGUUCUGAUUGCUAUAACAAAAAUUUCAACUACAAACCAAGUACUACUACUUUUCGUCCAUUACAUCAUCUGAUUAAUAACUGGCCACCACCUCAACCAAUCGAUCCAAUGUAAGUAACUGGAUCAUAUUGUACAUAAGUUUAGACUAUUUUAUCGAAUGACUUGUUUUUCUCUAUUUACUCCCGACCGCUUUCCGUCUCUUCUGUUCUAUGCUCCAAUUCUGUGGGAUUUCGUUUAACAACCAUGACGAAACAUCAUCCAAAAAAAUGGAGAUUAGUAUUAUUGAUUGAGAACAGCAACAAUAAAAUUGUACAGAGUAAUUGAAAUACGUUUGUUCCUUCUUCCAACAGACCUCACAACACCUGUUAUUUAGCCAGUGAAAUACAUACCAGUAUCAAGUGUUUUAUACAUCUAUUAAUUUGAAAUCAGCACAUUAAAAUCUCCGAUAUUUAUUAGUGUGUAUAUAGAUGACAUGGAAAUGAGUAGCUUUAUUUCAUGAUAUUUGAUUAUUCAAUGACUUAAUUUAAUGAUAUGCAUAUAAAUAUUUCUAUCCUCUCCCACAUCGGAUUUUUUCAUAGUCAUUUAGUCCGUUUAUUUCAAAGAAUUAUGCACUUAUUUUCUUCAUUGACCAGAAAUUUUCUUAUCUUACGAAAAAGUUUGUGUAUGUAUGUACAUUAUAACCAAUUAAUAAUCGGCUGAAAAAAACUUUUAUCUUUGUCCUAUUUUGGUCUUUAGUUAAUUGUGUUUUAUCUCUUAAAUUUGGCGACAUUAACAUAUGAAACUGUAUAGUAAUAUCUGCUUUAAUGUUUUGUGUUGUAUUCUUUUUGUAAUUUACCAAAUAUGGUAUUUGGUUAUUUCACUUCCAAACCACUAAUCAUCAUGACUAAUUAUGGUAUCAAUGCCAAGAGUAUAUUAAUGCGUUCAAUGUCAUCAUCACGUCAUAAUAUAUCUGUCAAUCUUUGGUAAGACAGACAUAUACUACAACAUAAAAUGUGUGUUCUCCUUUUGUUUGUGUGAUUGUCAUUCUAUCAUAUUUCUUUAUCCUUUUUAUUGGUUAGGUUCAUUGUGUCAUAUGGAACCUAUAUGUAGUUGGUGUAUUUAACAUGAAUAUAUGGGCAGGAAAA